CGAACGUGUGGCAUGACGAGCAUCUUGUCUCAACAUUGUCGAUGCUGGCUGGAGCUUCAAAGCCGGCGAUCGGGCUGACGGACGUUGGCGCUGAUGCGCCUUCCGAUAUUAUCUUCACAACGCCACCUUCCAGCAGCACCAUAGGAUACUCCGUUCCAAUGACAGCCGGUGAAUCGGAUGACUCAUGCGGCAGCGUGUGUAUCCGUCUUGGACUCCACUCGACUUUUUUAACUCGUUCCUCAAUGCGGCACGCUCUGAAUCGGAGUAUCUUGAAGGUACUUAAGUGACUAAAAUCACGACUUCUGUCUGGAACCCAUGGAUGCUUCCACAAAAAACGCAAGAAGACUUUCGUGCCAAGACACGCCGUCACUUCGACUCACUUUUUCUUUCUUUUUCUUUACUCUUCAAACACAAGUUUCGUUCGAUAUGCUACUAGGACCCAGCGGCGCGUCACUUUGCCCUGCACUGCUGCUCCUGCUUUCCACGUCCGCUACAUGUGCCGCACUGUCUGCUGGACGAGGCUUGCGGGCUGGCUUGCGCGAGUUGCAACCAGCGGCGACCACCAGCGAGCGCUUGGGCUCAUCAGCGCAACGCCUGGGAGUGGCUGCGGGCAGCCCUCACAGUCCCGUCUCGUCCGGUCAUUCAGGUUAUUCUCGGAUCGAUCUCGAUCAUGACUUUGCUCCUCAUGAGCUUGACGCAUGGAAGCUUCCUUCUCCAGCGGCUUCGCGGCGACGUCAUUCAGCGGGAAAUCUCUCGAGUUCGCAUCUGUCUGAUGCUCGCACCAGCAAUCACGACCAUGUCCAACAUCCGAAAGCUUCUGGGGAAGAACACGAUUCUCUCGCCUGGCUGGACGAAGAUCUUCACAGCCACUUUCCAGAAGAUCUCGUGCAUUCUUGGCUGAGGACGCCUUCACCAACGCGCGGAACUCCAAGUCCUGCAACCUCGUCCACUAGCCUGGCUUCGAAGCAAGCACAGGAGAAGCACCUUUUAGCAGUGUCCGAGACUCGUUCCGCUGAGCGCCGCCCGUCGACUCCUGAGCAAACGCGAGCGGAACAAUCAGCUGCCACUUCGCCCCAUCUCUCUGGACAUACAGAAAGCUUAGGGGAAGAGGGAGAUGAAUCUCUCAAUCCCGCGACAAAGAAAAGGCAGAAACGGAAACUUACUCACGUCGACCCUAGUACAUACGGCAAGCAAAAGCUUCCGACGCUGCUCGAUCAGAAAAAGCUUUCCGCUCAUGGAGAGCAUUCGGCAGCGCUUCACUCCGCCAUUUUUGCCAAAGCCAAGGCGGAAGGCUUGCCGGAAGUGCCUCAAAAUGGCUGGCACCUGCGACAGAUGAGAUCCUGGGUGAGGGCUCAGAAAGUGCAAGCCGCACAGGCACAAGAUGCCCACGGGACGCAUAUGCAGCGGCCAGAACCUGCAGCAGCAACAUCAGAUCCCCAGAAAGCUGGAUCUUCCGCCUUUUCGUCAACGAAAUGGUCCGCAGCCAAAAGAACAGGCACCACUAUGAGCAGCUUGCUACGGAAGAAGGGCAAGCUGGAGAAUGAAGGCAAGGACGCAAGUCAGAUUGAUACACAGAUCGCGGCAUUAGCAAAGCAGCUCGGCAUACCCAUCCCGAAGAGUAGAUGGGAAUUCACCACCAAUUCGUUGGACUUCCCUCCGCUAACAGGCAAGGACUUGUCCGAGGCCAGUAUCCUUGCUCUCUUUAGAAUGAAAAGUCAAGGACUAGCGGGCAAGAAAGAUAUCAGCGAGAUUCAAGCUGAGAUCGACCGAAGGGCGCGAGAAGAAGGUGUGGCGAACCCGGAGAAUGUCGCGCAAUUCUAUUCGCGGCGCAGAAAACUCAGGUCGGAGAAGGCUGAGGGAAAGACGACGGGAACAAAGCAAUACGUCCCGAGGACAUGAGCCCUAGCUAUCACCAAAGGCAGAGAUAAGAUGGCGCCAGGAAGGCUCUAUGUGAACAGCACACUUUCGUUU